UUUAUAUCUAUUGAAAAGACACGUACAGAUCAGUCAUUACUCACAAGUCUUAAAACUCGGAUCUAAAACUUUAGUCUAAAUUUUUUAAAAAAUAUUUUUUUUAAUUUAUUAACAUAUCGGUGACUCAGGAUGUGACCAUUAGCAUCACAAAAUGUAUAUUUCGACAUUGAAUUUUUUUUUAUCUGAUAAACAUUUGCUCGAGUGAUAGAUAGCCAACUAAACCAGGAGUGGCUUGAUAUGAUAAGCAACAGAGUCUGUCCCUAUGCCACCAAACUCUGGAUUCCGUAAAAUAAAUCACGUCUAAAUGUUUUAUGUAUUUUAAAUUUAUUAUUUAUAUAUAUAUAUUUAUGAACUGAGUAAUGUCUUCAUCGUCUUUGGGCAUCAUCAAUGAUGCUUGCACCAGUUUUGCUUUAUGUUUAUUUAAGUUUUGAUAAUAAUGGACAAGGUAAACUUUUACCAAGAAAAAAAAAUGAUAAAUAUAGUUCAACAUAUGUACAACACAAUCGCUUAUCAAGAUAUACUACAGCACUUGCUAAUUGCGUACCUGUGAGAUUUAAAAAAGUUCCAGGAUCUGAAAUUCCUCUAGAUAAAAUAGGAUUACUGUCAAGUGUAUCAUUCAGUUGGAUAAAUGAAUACAUUACUGAUGGUUGUAAAAAUGGAUUACGAGAUAAACCAUUGCCUAGUAUUUCUACUCAAGAAUCUUGUCAAGUAAAUGGCUCCAGGAUAGAUACCCUGUGGCAUAAUCAUGUAGUCGAGAGAGGACAAGCUGGUGCAUCGGUACCUAAAAUCGCAUGGCAUUUUGUCAAAACCCGCGUACUUGUCAGCUCAUUUAUUUACUUCCUGGGAAUGUUCAUUGCGCUCUCCAGCCCCAUAAUUGUAUUGCAAAAAAUAAUAAUUGCGACUGAGGACCGGGUUAAUGUGACUUACAAGCAAAACACCAGUUUGUCUAAUCCAGUAAUUAUCAACGCGACAAAAAUAAAUUUAACUGUCAAUAAUAAUUUCGAUAAUUAUUCAAAUAAUUUAAAACAUGAAAUAAUGAUAGAUCAAGUUAUUAUUUUUAGUCAUAUUGGUAUUUUGAUAACAGCUGAAGUUAUUUCAUACUUUUUAAUUGCCUGGAGCGCAUCAUUAAAUCUUAGAACGGCUACAAGAUUGAGAUCUGCAUGUUUAACUCUGGCGUACAAAAAAUUGAUUAAAUCAUCAGUACGAUUCAAAGCUCCGGUUCAUCAGACAUUGACGUAUUUUGUACCAGAAAGCAAAACUCUUUACGAAUUAAUAACAAACGGACCACUGAUAUUUUCCGGUCCUUUGAUUUUAUUGAUAUCGUCUCUGUACAUCUGGUACUCGAUGGGACACUGGGCACUUAUAGGAAUCGCAACUCUAAUUAUUUUAUAUCUAAGCUUGAUAAUGAAUGCUUAUUUGACAAAUCUUUUUGCAACGCGUGCCAUGAAUUACUCACUGAGACGGCUGUCUUUGCUCGAAGAGUUUAUCAACAAAAUUUAUUUUGCAAAAAUUACCCAGUGGGACAGAUGCUUUGUGUCCCGGAUCCAAGGAGUUCGUAAGAAGGAAUUGGGAGAGAUAAAAUUGGGCGCACUAAGCGAAGGCUGCAGUCUCUGUAUGGUUCACGUUAUUCCAAUAGUUACUGUCAGUGUUAUGACAAUGGCUUAUUUAUUUACUCAUCAGCAAAUUAUUUCAGUCAACUAUAUUCCAUGUUUGAUUUUAAUUCUUAUAAAUUUAAAACACUGUGUGCGGAGUAGCUGGUUAGCAAUGAGUAGUAUUUCACAUGGUUUGGCAUCACUCAAUAAAUUAAAAACAGUAUUGAUACUAAAAGACUGUGAUCGUUAUACUGACAAACCGAUUGAUAAAAACUACGCAAUCACUAUUAAUUCUGGACAUUUUUCAUGGGAUUAUAAUAAUAAUAAACGUCAUACAUCUUAUUCCGUCGAGAGUGACAAUAUUUAUGUGGGAGCAGCUUUGAAAGCUUCAUUGUCACCAGAAUUGAUAGACAUAAAUUUUUAUGUGCCUAAAGGAAAAUUGAUAGGAAUAUGCGGAGCUUCUGGAAGUGGAAAAUCAUCGUUGCUGCUGGCAAUCAUGGGCCAAUUGAAUCGCAUUAAUGGCCAGGUUACUAUUGACGGUAACAUGUCAUAUGUACCAGAAGAUUUUAAUUUAUUUGAGGGAACUCUCAAGGAGAAUAUUGUGAUGAACGAGAGUUUUGACUCCUCGUGGUACUACAAGAGCAUACAGGCUUGCAAUUUGACCAACGACAUAAGUUUGCUUCCAGGAUCAGAUGACACUGACGUGCAUACAGUAGAGCUGACGAUGAUCCAGAAGCAAAAAAUCGCGUUGGCACGAGCAGUUUACACGAAUCGCGACAUAAAUUUACUGGACAAUCCUCUCAGGGAUUUAGACAAGAUUGAGAGCUUAGAAAUUUUUGACAAAGCUAUUGUUCAAGUUCUUGGACUGAAAAGUGUCGUCAUGAUUACUGACAAAGUCCAAUAUUUGAAGAGAUGCGACUUGAUUUAUCUGAUGAAAAAUGGCAAAGUAGUGGAGCAUGGUAAGCAUGAAGAGCUGUGUCAGUGGAACAAAGAGUAUGACGAGUUGACUAAAUCAUUUGACAAAAAGUUUCGCGAUAAUUCGCGUCAACUUCUUGUAGACUCGGGAAUUAAAAGUAAAGGUCUUAGUUCAGCGACAGCUGCGGCUAUUUCUUCAAGUGAUUUAAAUUUAAAGUUAAGCAGAGGAGAAACAGAUUUUGAUGAAACGACAAGAGGAAUUUACGGAGUACGAGCUAUCGACUAUCGAGCUGGGGGAAAAUGUCUCGGUGAAUUUGUCUGUGCGAUGGCUUUGCUUUAUUCUAUUCCCAUUGCCGCAAGCCCUCUUAUUUUUUUUUACAUAUCUCAGAAAACUCUGGUCAAUACAACACACAUCGCUAUUAUUUUAGCGUCAGUCGUAGGAUUUAUCAUCGCUUUAGGACUUACUUUAACAUUUAUUUACAACAAAGAUAUAUUCAAUGCUGCUAAAAAUAUGCACGAGAGAUGGCUGAAAAAAAUAAAUCGCGCGCAUAUAUCGAUAUUUUCAACGGUAUCUUCUUCUGCGUUGAUAAAUAUCUGCAGCCAUGACUUACAAGAAGUGGAUUAUACAUUGCCCAAGUUAAAAAUAACAAUACUUAUGCACUUUGGAAUAAGUUUAUUUACUACAACGAUCUUGGGGAUAAUUUGUCCCUGGUUGUUAUUACCGAUGGCGAUAUUUAUCAGCAUAAUAAUAAUUUACCAGUUUUACAUCCGUCAAUUGGUACUCGCGCUCAACGAAUCGAGAAUAGAAUCGGUAACGCCGAUUUAUAAUCACGUUGUGAGUACCGUCAAUGAAAGAAUAACGAUUCAGGCGUACAGAAAAGAAAGAGAUUUUGCUAAAAAAUUUUACAAAUACUGCGACGCGAAUACUACUUAUGAUUUUAUGCUAAAAGCGACCAAAUUGUGGAUGGAGUACAGAAUAAAACUUAUUUCCGCGGUUACUCUGGCAGCGGUAAUUAUAAUUUGCGCGGCAGUAAAUGGCGUUAAAGAUCGGUAUCAAGUAUUGGGACUGGGUUUUAUUUGUACGAUUCAAUUGACUCAGAGUCUGGUUCAUCUUACUGCUGCUAUUAUUGAUGUGUAUGGAAGUCUUAUGACCGUUGGCUUUGUAGAUAAUUAUAUUCAGAAUAUACCGCAAGAAAUAAAAGAUAAUAAUGAUAGACGUGAGUGGCCACUGAUACCGAGUAUACAUUUUCAAAAUGUUUUGUUGAUAAAUUCGACGGAUCAUGAGCCAUUUAAUUUUUCAAUUUAUGCUGGGGAAAAAGUCGCGAUACACGGCAGUAAUACAGAAUUAAAAAGUCAUUUAGUAAAAGUAUUGCUGCAAUUUGAUCAAGUAUUUUCAGGAAAUAUUUUAAUAGGAAAUUUAAAUAUUGUCGACAUAAAUAUCGAUGUACUGAGACAGUAUGUCGAUUAUAUUCCACGAGUACCUAUUCUUUUUAAUGGGACAAUAAAAUACAAUUUGGAGCCGCACAACCGUCGUACGGACAAAGAAAUAAUGGAGGCGUUGCAAAAAGUAUUUUUGUGGGAAAAAAUAUCAAAGCUCGAUGACAAGUUGGACAGCAGCGCGGGUAACUUGUUCAGUGUCACUGAAAAAAAAUUAUUGUCACUCGCUCGUAUUUAUCUCAACUCGACUGUCUUCAAUCGAAGCAUUAUAAUUAUUGAAGAUCUGGAACCAGACUCCGAAUUGAUUAACAAUAUUUUACAAGAUGUAUUUAAAGACUUUACAAUAAUCGUAUUAUCAAGUUCAUUAAACUGGAAUGCACAGCGAAUUAUUAAAUUAAAAAAUACAAAGGAAACAGGAACAUCGAUGGCUAGUAAUUUAUUGAGUUGUAAAAAAAAAUAAAUGUCGAAUAUAUUUUAUCAACAGCUACCUGAAUUUAUGUUAAUAACUAAAUAAAAUAUAAUAUUUUUUCGUAUUAAUUAUUAUACAAAUAAAUUCAAUUCCUACUUACUAUUUACAAUUAUCAUUUAAAUAAAUUUAAUAGCCGGCAGUUUAACACAGUAGGACAAUUAAAUGCAAUCGUUAGAUAUCAACAAAACAGAUGGCAAGUUAAUUAUUAAACCUGUUUUAUUUCUCCACUGCAAUGUGGACAACAAGCCAUACUGCCGUCAAUCAUCAAGGAUGGAAGACACAUUUUACCAGAAAGCGCGAAAGCUGCUCCCAUAACCGCGCUGCAAGCAGCAUCUUGUCGCCCGGACAUGAUUAAAUUCGGAUUCAUCAGGAGCUGCUCGGCAUUUUUUUCAGCGACGGUUUUCAUUUCGAGACCUGUUGUAUCCACCUGCUUGAUCUUUCUCACAGGGUCCAUGCCACUGAGCAGUUGGACAUUUAAAAUUUCAGCGACCUGGCAGCAGCCGUCAGCCAAGUCAAGGAUAUUACUGCUGGGAAGCUCGUGCCUCCUAUAUGUGAGCGUACCUAUUGGAUCAAAAUUCUCUCUGAGAACGCUGAGUGUCUUGUAAGUUUUCAUCAAAGUCUCCCGUACUCUGAUACGUUCUUCAAGCAGUCUUUUGAUAGAUUCUUGCAAGUCGGUAGUUCUUUGACAGAGUCCAGCUUUCCAACGAGCCAACUCCUCGACCAUGAGACUGCUGGCCAAGAAUUUGCUUCUCCAUACUUCGCACUGUCCUGCCAACCACUCGGUCUGCUCUUGAUGUGUAUUCAGGUGUCUCGCAGAGUUAAGCAGAGCCUGAGACAGCUGGAGUUUGUCUUCAGUGAGAAUAUGAACUUUGGUCUCGAGAUCUUCGCCAACGGCCGCGACCAAUAAAUUUUUUAACUCACCAUUGACUUGCGCCUGGAACUUGAGCUGAUUUUCCAGUUGAAUGUUCUCUUCUCUGAGCUUCUGUAAUUCUAAUUCGUAAGCUUUCUUAUCACAUUCCCACUGCUUGAGCUCUCUGUCCUCUUUACUGUCAGCAUUUUUAUGAUUAUCAUUUUUUUUAAACUCUAUUGACUUGUGUAACGCCAUUUGAGCAACCAUCUCAUUAAUAUCAAGAUUAUUACGAGACCCACGGAUAAAUUUACGUUCAUCAGGAACUAUUGGAUUAACAGCAGCCUUGUAGGGUUCGUAGGGUACAAAUUUAGGCUCUUUUGAUUUUUUUAACGAGCUCAGUAGCUUUUCUUUCUUUGUAUGAGUUACAUUUUUUGGUAUUAAUCUAACAAUGGUACCAGUUGGUGUCACUGGUGGACACGAUGACUGCUGCUUCAGAUUAGACGGAUGAUAAAUUAAUUUAUCACGUAGAUUUAUUUUUUUUCCUGAUAUUUUUUCAGUAUCUGACGGAAUAUUUGACACAUUCUCCAUACCAUCACCCUGUGUACGUCCAGGACAAGGAA